CAUUCCCUCUUAUCUCUGCCUCUGGUAUGAAUCUUAUGAUUCUAACAACGGAUUAGUAUAGUGAAUAAUCAGCUUUGGUAAUCAUGUUGAUGCCAUAGUUACUCUGCUCUCAAAAAAGAAAUGUUUGAUGUUUUUCUGGACGUUCUAUUUUAGUCAUAAAGCACUAGCAGCAUCUCUCUAAAGUGACUUUGACUUUCGUUAGGACUAGGCCCUGUUUAAUAUACACUAUUUGCAAGGAUAAUUCCUUACUUUAAGUUUUAAAGAAAAUAUCUGAUUCCUCACCACCAUUUCUUGGGGUUUCUAUUUCUUUUAUUGGCAACUUUCUCCUCUUGGCCCUCAUGUCUAAUUGUAUAUAUAUAGACAUCAUUACAGAAACAGUUUCUUAUAAGAUUUCCAACAUCCAAUAGUGUCAUUUUUAGUCUGUAGAUAUCAAUGAGGCUUGAUUUAUCUGCCAAGUUUCGGCAAGUUCUUGGUCUUGCCAAAGAUCAUGCAUCUAUUGGCAGAGCUAUUGUACAAAACUACAAUGAAAAAGCCUUUUUUGACAUUGAAGUGGCAGUGGUUCGAGCCACUAGCCAUGAUGAUUGUCCUGUUGAUGAUAAAACCAUGCACGAGAUACUCUUCCUUGUCUCUAACACACCGGGAUCGAUUCCUUUUCUUGCUGAACAGAUCUCUCGCCGUCUAGCCAAGACAAGAGAUUGCUUAGUCGCGGGUAAAACACUGUUACUCUUUCACCGUCUCUUGCGUGGUAGCAGUCGCAGUAUCGAGCAGCAAUUGCAUAUUGCACACACAUCUGGUCAUCUUCAAAUAGGUUGCUCCUGGUUCAUGAUGAGCCUGGAUUCUCGAUCCUUUGUUUUUCUGCAGAACUAUGUAGCUUAUCUCCAAGAAAGAGUUGGAUGGAUCAUCAACCAAGCUGGUAAGCUCGAACCCGUAAUGUCUGGUGGUACAAAGUUUAGCCGUUACAAAGAGAAAUCCAUGGAUCUGGUGUUCCACAUCUUACCAAAGUGUCAAGAGUUUAUUGCACAGGUGUUGAAGUGUUCACCAGUUGAUGCCUGGCCUAUCGAUAAUCUGGUUCAGGCAGCUACGGGCAACAUCUUGAAAGAGAGUUUCCAAGUCUACAUGACGUAUUCCGAUGGGAUGACCGCGCUGGUUAGCAUGCUCUUUGAUCUUUCAAGACCCGCGAGAGAUUUAGCUUGCGGAAUGUUGAGAAAAGCUUCUCAACAGAUUCAAGAUCUUCGCAUCCUGUAUGACAAGUGUAGAGGAUUCGCCGGGAUGAAAAGCUUGGAUUACCCAUCUGUGCAAGCCAUUUCUAUGGAUCAUAUAGUAGCACUAGAGGAAUGCUCAAGCUAUGGAGGCAAAAGAGGUUUCUCUCUUUCCACCAACCUAAGAGAUGCAAUCACCUGCAAUGAACUAAAACAAGAACAGCAUUCUGCCAGUUUUUCAUCUACCAGUCCUUUCUCAUUACCAGUGGAGACCAAAAUUAGCAUGGUUUGGGUUGUUUUUGACAAUGAAGAUGGUGAAGAAUCAGACAAGCAAACAGAGAAAGCAUAUGAACGUUGAUCAUUCAUCUCAACAGGAAGUGUCUGGAACGAUUAUAUAAUACUAAUGUAGUGAUGUUGUCAAUUUACACGGGGUUUACCGGAUUUUAUACGAUAAUUUAGCGCAUAUUUAAGAAUCCUCUCUGGGUUUAUGCAGUGGUUUUGCUGCAUAUUUCCAGUGUCACAAGUGUUACGAGCAUCUGAAUUGUAAAACAAAUGUCAUAAGUACUUCAAACCAUUGGUACACCUUCUGAUUCUAAAAAAUUGCC